UUCUAUACCGUAACCGCUGACUGAAGCGGAUGAUGUCUGCUAAGAGGUGAUAAGGGAUCUACAAAUGAAAAUGAAGACAGAAUGAAGAUCGAAGGAACUGUAGCGAUCGUGACUGGUGGUGUGCAAGGAAUUGGUCUUGCGAUAAGCAAAGCUUUGCUUGAUCGCGAUGGGAAGGUUUGUAUGCUUGACAUCAAUGAAAAGACAGGAAACGAAACCCUAAAGUUACUCUCAGAGAAUUAUAGCAAGCACCGUGUGUUGUUUAUCAAGUGUGAUGUCACUUCACAACCACAGAUGGAAGCUGCAUUCCAAAGGACAAAAGAUGUGUUUGGCAGGCUUGACAUCCUGUGCAACAAUGCCGGGAUUGCAGUCAGGGAAAAUGAUCUUCUGAGAUCUGGUGCUUGGAAAACAAUUAUUGACAUUAAUGUGAAGGGGGUCAUCCUUGGGACACUUCUGGGCCUUGAUCAUAUGGGGGUCUCAGGUGCGAAGGGUCAUGGAGGGACCAUUGUCAAUGUAGCGUCACUAGCAGGUUUGGUGCCGGCCCCUGCAAGCCCCGUGUACACCGCCAGUAAGCAUGCGGUGGUUGGGCUAACAAGAACCUUAACGUCAUUGUGGGCUACCGAAUGCGUGCGUGUUAACUGCAUCUGUCCGUCCUUCACCGACACCGCGAUGGUGCGCACAGCUAUACAUCAAGACACCAGUAAUUUGACCUUUCUUCAGAAGAGUCGGAUCGCUAAAAUACAAGCUAUGGGGUUACUAAGUCCCGAACUGAUCGCAGAGGGCGUGGUCAGGCUGAUCGAGGACGACACUAAAAUCGGCGCUGUCAUGAGAGCUACUCCACAGAGGGGACUGGACUACAAGAAGUAUUUCACGCCUAAACUCUAGCAACAGAUUGCAUACGAGAGAGGGGUAGAGUUAUUAUUGGACUCCCAACUCCCAUCCCUCCCGAACUCAAAUCCACCCUACGGGCCUGAACUACACAGUGCUUUUCUAUACAGGGACACUUACCAGCUAACAGAGUCAAAGUUGUUGAGAAGAUAGCAGUAGACAUUUAGAUUAGGUAGGAAAACUUCUUUCUUAGCGAAAAACAUAACGAUAAAAGUCAUUAUUAUAUAUUGUGCUCACUAUGUCGAUUCUGAUUGGCUAAGAGCGCGCACUUUUUUGGAGAAUCACGCAAUUUGUGGUUCACUCAUCAGUUAGCUGGGUAGGUUUGGGUAGGUAGCAGAUAAAUAAUUAUACGCGCGCAAUGCACCUUGGGCCUAGGGCGCGAAGAUUCAAUGGUUGUGAGAAAGGCAGCGUUUGUGCAAAUCGGAAAUAAAUUUUGUUUUCGAGAA